AUGUCUCUUCUCUAUUCGAGCGAAUCGUCAGGAGUUCAAUCUCUCUGCUUAAACAUCUCUACGACGGAAUGCCUUCCUUGUCACAUUAACAAUUCCACGACUGGCGUUUCCUUUUUCGGCGGAGACGAGCCCGAUUUGAACGAGGAUCCCAGGAUAGAGUCGCUGCGGAGGUACUCGUACGCGUUCGCUUUGCCGUCCAUUUGCUUUCUGGGCAUCAUCGGGAAUAUUUUCAAUUUGAUCGUCUUGACGAGGCGGAAUAUGAGAGGACCUGCUUAUAUCUACAUGAGAGGUUAUUCUGGAGCAGCCCUCCUAGCAAUAUGCUUCGCCCUGCCAUUCGCGUGGAGGGUCCUGGUCCACCGCGAACAAGGCCAUUGGGAACAACCUCUCUCGGCCUACUACUUCGCUCAUUUAGAACUGUUUCUAGGUAACGGCUGUCUAGGUGUCGGAGUCUUGAUGCUCCUAGCGCUAACUCUGGAAAGAUACGUCAGCGUAUGUCAUCCAGGACACGCCAGACCAAUCCUCGGAUCGCCCCCUCGAGUGGUCACCGUAAUUCCGUUACUAACCCUCAUCUUAUACAUUCCAAAUCUAUUCCGCAACAGGGUCAGAACGUGUCAAUUAUUGCCCGAAGGAACCAUUUUGUACCAAAGAGUGGAAGACACCGAAUACCUAAUGAGUCCUCUAUAUAGUGUAUAUAAAGUGUUUUUAGAACUUAUCUACAAAGUGCUGCCGAUCAUUUUACUCGCCGCUUUGAACCUGAGAAUACUAAUAGUGUACAGGCGAUCGUGCGAUAGACGAAGAAAGAUGACGUUGAGCCGGAAGUGUUCCGGCGAAGAGGAUCCAAAGAAAUUCGCCGAAGAAAGAAGGCUGGUGUUGCUGUUGGGGUCGACUAGCAUUUUGUUUUUGGUAUGCGUGACGCCGAUGGUGCUACUGAACGUGACCCUUUCGGAUGCGAAUUUGGUGAAUUAUCCUUAUCAAGUAUUCCGAGCGAUCGCCAAUCUUUUAGAAAUAACCAACUACUCCAUAACAUUCUACAUUUACUGUUCGUUUUCCGAAGACUUUCGGAACACGUUACUGCGAACGUUGAGACUGCGCAGCGCCAAUCCGUUGAGAGGAGCCGUCAAAAAUCCUCAACCCACAGCGACGACAACCAUCACCCAACCGAAGGGCGUGUGA